AUGCCCGACGCCGAGACGGUCCUGUCUUGUGAAAGUAAAUCCCAAGUCGUUCAGGAGUCUGUGGGUAUGCACGAAGAGUACACCGGUGGAUCGCGGUCUCAGUCUCCGCCUGUUGGGAUUGUAGUCGAUCGCAGCGAAGAUGGGGACAGUUAUGACUCGGACGCAGAACUGGAUAUCGUGAUGACUACGGCAUUACUAGGGAAUGGGAAGAGGAAGCUGGCCGCCGGGGACCUGGCGGCGGCUGAAAGAGUGUUCCACAAAUGCUCUGCCAGACUUCCGAGCACUUUUGCGGACGUCUGCUUAGAUGAUCCGUCGGACACUCGGGCGAUGACUCUAGACCAUAUCUUUCGAACCGAUAGCAUCCUGGACACACCGACAGAUGGCACUUAUCACAUUGGAGUACCAACUCGCCUAUCCUAUGCGAAAGCAAAACUCGUUGGACACGAUGUUCAAGAACCACCGGCACGAAACGUUUCACUCUUGAACACGAUCGACCAGUUGCCGUCUUCUCUCGAGCACCACACACGCGACGUAGCAUCUCAGCUGAUCACUGACUGCCCAGAGACAUUACCAGAACUUGAUCAUGUUGUAGGCAGCGCUUGCCAGGUAGACGGGGUUUCAAUACCAGCCCCUUUGACGAGAAGGAAUUCUUGGACCCAGGCCGACAUUGAUUAUGAGAAAUUGUUAGGCACCGACAAGCGAGCUCCUCUCGAGUCCGACAAUCUCUCGCGCAGUAGAGCCUCGGCACUGCAACCCCAAGCUACUGACGCUUGGGAGGAGAAGAAGAUAGCGCAGCGGUCGUGGGCUCGUCGAAAUGGCAAAAGAGUCUCUCGAGCAUCCCGUGCUCGCCCUCUGCUUCCGGGACUCGAUGCCAGCACAGCUCCUAUCCCAAAACCGAGAGUCGCUGGUGUCAAUCCUGAAGUGUCAACGGCCUCUGCUGGAGUUGAGCACGGGCUCUACGGUCAGCACGAAGCUGGCUCGACAUGGGCCGCGCCCAAGAGCAUGCUCUAUGGCAGGUCUGCUGCAAGAAUGUCAAUAGAUGAGUGGCAGGAAAAGGAAUUCGCGAAGCGACUAAGGGCCCAUACAUGGGAGGUCGAUGUGAGCGCCAACGUCUACCCUUCUUAUGUGAUCGAUUCUGAGCCGGAUUUCGCUAAUGCGACCUACGCUGCGCCAUUUGCAGAGAACGAAAGGGAGCCCACUGGAAAGCAUGAUUCCGCAUUGCUACUGGGAGGCGAUCAGCAACAUGGUCUCAUGGACCACAAGAUGCAAAGUAAGGCCGACUCUGAGCUCCCUAGCUUCAAGGACAUGCGACCGGGAGAGUUCUCAACAAUGCCCGAUCGGAAUCCUGAUGGCGUACCAAGGCGUACACUGACCAGUGCGAGCGUUGUGUCUUAUGCUACAACCAUGUCCAGAGCCCGCUCAGCGGACUCUUCCACGACAAUAAAGCCCAAUAAGCGAGACAAUGAUCUGACCCCUACAGUCAGUGCGCCAUCACGACCUCCAAAGCUCGUGCUCAUUGGAGAUGCACUGUGCGGGAAAACUGCAAUCGCGAGGAGAUUUGCGGACGGUGAAUACAAUGAGUCCUGGGGUCAGAUCGGCGCUUUCAACUACAACAUGUCCGUCGAGACAGAUCGUCCGGGCAAAACAAUCGAAAUCGAUCUCUGGGACACUGCUGGACAAGAAGAGUUCUCUCCGGUGAGGCAACUGGCUUAUGUCAAGCCGCAGUGCAUUCUCAUCUGUUUUGCUGUUGAUUCGAUCGAUUCCUUCGAUGACGCGAUGCAUGCCUGGACCGGGGAAGUGUUCGAAUUCUGUCGAGAUGUACCGACCCUUCUUAUCGGUUGCAAGACUGAUCUCAGGCACCAUGCAGGGUCCUUCCCACCGCCAGUAUCGAGAGAGCAGGGAACCAAACUCGCAGCUGAGAUUGGAGCUGGGAAGUAUCUGGAGUGCUCCGCAAAGGAGAACACCGGUGUCGUAGAGGUCUUCGAGGCUGUUAUGCAGCUUGGCCUUGCACAGAAGACGAAGAAGACGACGAAGAGGAAGAGCAUCUUCGGCUUGUUAGGCUCCUACUGA